CCGCCGCAUUCGGAACCAGCUCCGGUGCACUCGAUUCCCUUGGAGGGCAAAAGAUAAUCUUAAUUUUGCGACUUUUUUUUUUUGUUCUGCUUAGGUUCUUCAGAGGCACUGUGCUGUCUCACUUGUUCUCAACUCGGCAAGUAAUCGAUCGGGUGGCCACACCUCGCGCCGGUACGCUGCGUGUGGGUUCAAAAAAAGAAAAAGCACAUGAAUUGCACCAAAGUAAGCACGUUUAGGCCGUGGCUGCUGGCAGAGGUUGCGCGAAUUCGUUGACGCGUAUGGGCGUAGCGCGCGUUUUGGUUGCGGUUGGUUGGCAAAAUCUGGCACACGCUAUACAAUGCAGCAUGUGCAAGUCGCGAGAUUGAACUUGCACCCUCGACGACAACGCACGGGAAAAAUGUGUGCAAGUGCAACUCACCGCAUGCACACGCACUUUUAAUCUGGGCCAGAAAAGAGACAAAAAACUAAAAUCGGGCGUAAUAAACGGCAAUGUGACAUUCGAACCAUGUGAGAAUGUUUUUUAGAAGAUAACGACUAUAAAAAGGAGUGGACAGCGCUGAUCAGAACAUAAUCAACAUACGGUUGUCAAACAGUCCACACACAGAACCCAAAAUGGCAUUCAAGUUCGCCGUCUUCGCUGCCAUCGUGGCCGUUGCCAACGCCGUCGCCAUCGGCUACCCAGCUGCCCACCUGGGAUACCCAGCUGUCGGAGUGGCCAAGGUUGGAGUUGCUGCUCCAGUUGUGGCCAAGGCCGUCGUUGCCGAUUACGAUGCCAACCCUCAGUACAGCUACAGCUACCACAUUGCCGAUGCCCUGACCGGAGACAACAAGGAACAGCAGGAGUCCCGCUCCGGAGAUGUUGUGACCGGAUCUUACUCCCUGGUUGAGCCCGAUGGCACCCGUCGCGUCGUUGAGUACACCGCCGACCCCGUCAACGGAUUCAACGCUGUUGUCCACCGUGAGCCACUCGCCGUCAAGGCCGUUGCCCCAGUUGCCAAAAUCGCCGCUCCCCUGGCCUACCCAGCUGCCCACCUCGGAUACCCUGCCUACGGCAAGGCCAUCCUCGGUUAAGAAGCUAUCAUAGCUAUAGAACCCGCUGGAACCAGCCAUGAUUGCACGGCGUUGAAAACGUAGUGAAAAUCAUGGCGUAUUCCCACCCCAAUCAUCAGGACAUCGUGCAAUGAACCAUGCAAAACCCCGUACACAAAAAAAACAAUUAGAAUCAUUCAUCUGUAAAUAGCAUAGCAUAAUCGCUCAAAGAACGUGAACGUACCAUAUGACUCCAUCGACCAAGUGCAUUGAUAGCGCACUCGAUACAUCGAUAUGUUUGACUGUGUGUGACUUAAGUGUUAGUCUAGUGUUAAUAGAUCAAUCAAUGACGAACAAAUAAAAUGCGUGUUCGCAACAAUGGAAAGGAA